GGCAGUGUAGGGACUUCAGAACUGGAUGAUGUGCUCUUUCUUCCUGGUUUUAGUCAGAACAGCAGCAGCUUUCCAGAAUAUAUUGAUUUUUUUAGGCAGACACCGUUGUCUAAAGACAAAAGCGUUGAUGAGAUUCUCUAGACCUUUUUGGGACAUUAUGUCUUCAGGUGUUAGAAGGCCAACUUUGUAACUGUCUUUAUGUUGUUCUGAAAGUUAAGGUCCAUCACCACACCCAGAUUUCAGACCUGACCAACAGUUUCUAGCUGUAAUAAUUAAAAUAAUUGUGUGUUGAAUCUAGAUCAUUCCUAUUUCAGUUAAAACACUUGAAUGGGUUUAUUCAAGUGUUUAAGGACUAUAAACAGGACAUUUUAAUGUAAAGCUGUGUAUGAUGAUCUAUGUAGUGAUCGUAACUUAUACUUGUUAUAAUCUGAGCAACAGGGAGUAUAUAGGUAAUAAAUAAGAGGGACCCCAGAAUUGAAUCUUAUGGUGUUCCAUGAGAAAAAUCGAAAUGAUUUUACCUGUGUACACUUGUAUACUUUUUUUUACUUUUUAGGUUUACCAACAUCUGUUUUGCUCGCCUCAGGAGUUAAAAAUGGGACUGGAAGAAAUCAAAACCAAACCAAAUUCAGGAUCUGAGAGUUCUGAUCAUAGCGUUGCUUUUCUCCUGAUUUACAUGAUCUGUUUAGGUCCUCUGGCCACCGGAUUUUCCCUGAAGAGUUGCAGGGUCAGCCAGAAUGCGGCCAUAUGUACAGACAGCCAACUCAAAUUUGUUCCUCAAGACAUUCCACCAACUGUGACAGGUUUUGAUUUGUCUAAAAACCAAAUCUCAAGAAUACAACGUUCAGAUUUCACAAAUCUAAUGGUUCUAGAAGAUUUAAAUCUUUGUAAAAACCACAUUUCAAAGAUAGACAGCGGUGCUUUUGUCAACUUGAUCUCCCUUCGGAAGUUGACUCUGAACAACAACAAGCUCGUUAAGCUAGGAGAGUUGGCUUUUGAUGGGUUGGGCAACCUCACUGAGUUAAGACUUAACACUAACAAGAUCACAGCAUUGUCACCCACUGCUUUUCAGAGCUUGACCAGGUUAAUACUUUUGGAUAUUUCUCAGAACAAACUGGAAACGAUAUCAAAUCUUCGUCUGAUUUUGCAGCACAUGCCACAACUGCAGGAGUUGGUGAUAAGAACGAAUGUUUUAAGAACCUUUCAGUCAUGGAAACUUACCAACCGCUCGCUGGAUCUCCAGGCUUUGGAUUUGUCCCAUAAUCCCAUAAGAGACUUCAGGGUCACUGCCAACAUCUUCCCAAAUCUGACUUGCCUCAUCAUCGGUGACAAGUUCAGCGUCAUACCAAUGAAAUGGGACGUGAAAAACAAAACUUUUCUCAGACAGCUGUCCAGUCUUGAUGUCAGCGGGCUUCAUACGUCUCCUGAAAACAUGGAAGCAUUACUCAAAACGGUGAACUCCUCACUAACAUCUCUAGCGCUGAACAAUAUAAAACGCAAUCGGACGCAACUGAUCAACCUCUCUUGCUCCAUCCCAACUGUGUCCAAAUUGCAGUUUCGAAGCAACAAUCUUAGAACAGUCUCUUCGUAUUACUUUAAGCCGUGUGUCAAUGUAGUAGAAUUAGAUUUAUCAGAGAAUCACAUUAAAAUUAUCGAUGAGAACGCAUUCACAUCUAUGAGAAAUUUAACAACUUUGAGGCUGAGUAAGAACAAACUUUCAUCAGUUCCUACUGCAAUACGAACUCUGCAAAAUCUCUCCCAACUUGAUCUCAGCAACAACAUGAUCAGCACUCUGACCUGUCAAGAUUUCUCCAAUCAGACGAGACUGAAGGAAUUAAGUCUGCAGAACAACUCCAUCUUUAAGUUGACUGAAUGUGCUUUCAAGGGUUUGGUACAUCUCCAAAUUCUCAGAUUGCAAUCCAGUCAGAUUACUGAUUUAAAAGGGGCUUUUAAAACCUCUUUGCCAAAACUGAAACAACUGCUUUUGAAUGGAAAUAAACUCACUGCUAUUAGAAAGGGGGAAUUUGAAGGAUUAAAGUCUCUUUGGAGUUUGUCUCUACAUCAAAAUCAAAUAAAGAUCCUUGAUAAAGGUUGCUUUGUUGGACUAUUGAACCUUACUGACAUUAGGCUCCAGUCAAAUGGUAUUACAACUGGUACCUUAAAAACAAGUCCGUUCAAGGGUCUCUCUAACCUAAAAAGAUUGUAUUUAAACGAUAAUCACAUCAAAGGUUUUAAUAUUACACCAUUUUCUGAUCUUCACCAGUUGGAAGAGUUGUCUCUUCAUGGCCAGCACUACAGGGGAAAGUCUAGCCUACCUUCCAACUUCCUCCAUGGACUAAGCCGUCUUUUAAGUUUUAAUGCUAGGAACUCCCAGCUAAUUAAUGUCGACAAAGACACAUUUGUGAACACACCUAAUCUGGAAAGACUUGAUUUGAGCUCAAAUGACUUGGAGAACCUGACGGCAGAGCUGUUUGCCCCAAUUCGAAACCUUAAAAGCCUCUACAUAUCCAGAAUUGCUGUUCACUCACUAGAUUUCCUUGCAGAAGCCAACCUGACCAAGCUGGAGUUCCUGCAGGGAAGACACAACCAAUACUCAGUCGUGACUAAAGACAUAAUAAAGUCGCUCCCAUCUCUUCAGUAUUUGGAUUUUAAAUAUAAUAGUUUCUACUGUGAGUGCAUUAAUGCCUGGUUCGUCAACUGGACAAUAUUCAGCAAACGGACGCAGGAUGUCAACUUCAUCUGCUUUGUUUCAACCACAUCUACGAUCCUCUUCGUCAUGGCUGCAUCCUUCAUUUACCACUUCAUGAGGUGGCAGCUGUACUAUGCCUAUUACCUCUUCUUGGGUUGGCUUUUUGACUCGAAGUAUAAAAAUAAGCAAGUUCCUCAUCAGUACGAUGCCUUUAUCUCCUAUAACCACCACGAUGAGCCUUGGGUGAUUGGUGAACUGUUACCUAAACUGGAAGGAGAGCAGGGAUGGAAAUUGUGUCUGCACCAUCGAGACUUUGAACCAGGAAAGCCGAUCACACAAAACAUCACGGACGCCAUCUACGGAAGUAGGAAGACCAUCUGCGUCAUCAGCAGAAGAUACCUGGAGAGCGAGUGGUGCUCCAGAGAGGUCCAGACAGCCAGUUUCCGUCUCUUUGACGAGCAGAAGGAUGUGCUGAUCCUGGUGUUUUUGGAGGACAUUCCCACCUACCUGCUGUCUCCUUUCCACCGAAUGAGGAAGCUGCUGAAGAAGCAGACUUAUCUGAGCUGGCCGCGCGCCGCAGACCACCCAGAGGUAUUCUGGGAAAACCUGAGGAAGGCUCUGCAGACCGGAAACGAUCCAAAUGAGGAAAACUUCCUCAGUUUGACACAGGAAUGAGAAGGACAUAUCUUUACGACUGGAGAACAAAGAACAACUGAGGAAUAUCUAAUAUUUUCUAUCAAUUUUGUCUUAUUAUACUUUUAAUCUGUGUGUAUUUAUUGGUUGUAUUAUGUUGUGUUAUGUAACGCUCUAGUUUUGUUUUUCCCAUUUAAUUCAUUACUGGGCUUAUACUUUUUGAUAGUGUUGCUCUAUAAAUACUUUUUUUUUAUUAAACUUUUAUAGAAAUAUGUCUAUUGUUUCAAAUUAGUUCCACAAAAGUUUGUUCUGUAAAAACAAAGCAAUGUCUCAUUAAUAAUUAUUCACCCAGUUUGGAAAUUCAGGUGUUACACCAGCAAAGUGGCAGGAAACUGAGACAUGUAGGUUCACAAAAAGAUUAAAAUAAUAUAAAAAUAUGUAGAAAAACAGAAAUAAUAGUAUACUCUACAGUAAGGGCAACAUUUCAACAUAAAAUAAUACAACACAAUGUAUAAAAUGUGCUAUUGUAUUUGUGCA